GGUGUCUAGGGUUUUACUGUUCGACUUCGUUGCUUCUUUGGCUCCUUCGUUGCUAUUCGACUUCGCUCCUUCGACGAGGUUCCUUCCUGUCGGAUCGGAAGUCAAGACAUUUUGAUCAGAAGCAGCGACUGGGAGGUCGCUCGCUGUGAAGUAGUACAAGCAUGGAGAACAUAACCGCAAGUGAGCUUGCUGGAUUUGGAGUUGGUGCUUUGCUUCUUUGUGCCACGAUUUCUGCUCCAAAAGUGGAUGCUUUUAUCGCAGCAUCUCAAAGAAGAUCUUUGGGAAUGUGUAAAAAAUGUGGUGAUCUCAGAAUGAUAGCAUGCUUAAGGUGCAAAGGAUCAGGAUUAGUUAGGAAAGAAGGGCUCUUUGGCUUUAGCAUGGUAGAUGAUCUUUAUCAGUUAUUUCAAGGUGACGGCAUCAAAUCAUCAUUUAUAAAAUGCAGCAAAUGCCUAUCUAAGGGACACCUGCCAUGCCCUGAAUGCUCUAAGACCGUAUGAUUUUUCAUCUAAACAGAAUAUUGUCAUACUUUCUGAAUAAAAUUUAUGUAUAAUUAUUUGAGGUUCAAUUUUUUAGGUUAUUAAUUAAGAUAAAAAAAUGCCAGUUUCUGUUAGUGAGGAAGUGAUUGUAGUCACUUCCAUGUAGAGUAUUGAGUUGUUGGAUGUGCCUGUUCUGUAGGGAAAUUAUUGGGUUCAGACACCGGAUGCCGUUCGAAGCCAAUGAAAAUCUGCCACAUCACUCUAUACUCGGUACUGAGUAGUACCGAGCUCGGUACUUCUCAGUAUGCUCGAUACUGUGAAGUACCGAACUCAGUACUUCACAGUAUCGAGCUCAGUAUCAUUCGGUACUGUGAAGUUCGAACGGUAAGCUGUGUUCGCUGUCCGAAUCCAAUAAUCUCUCAUGUUCUGUAAUAUGUGAGCUUUCUAGUUAUGGAAUAGUUAUUGAAUGCAAGUUUCAACUAUUAGUACUACUGGCAAGCAACUGUUGAGUCACAUUCUUUGUACUUGUUACACUGAAACUAAUGCACAUCUCUUCUUUAA